AUGCUUCUUAUAAUCUAUCUACUUGUUCUUGUUGGAUUCGCUGAAUCUCGUCAAUAUGAAAUCUUUCUAAAUGAAGAAGCGCCUAUUAAUACAAUUAUAUACGAUUUAAAUAAUUUAUCACCAUCACAAAUAACUUAUCAACUAUUGGAAAGUUCAUCAUUAUUACAUUUUAAUUCAACAACAAAUCUAAUAUCAAUAUCGAAACGUAUCGAUCGUGAUGUAUUAUGUCCGUACGAUGAACAAUGUACAAAAUGUUCAUUAACCAUGAAAUUAUAUAAUAUGUCAUCGUACGAUAUAUUAAUAUUAAAAUUUAAAAUCAACGAUAUCAAUGAUAACCAACCCACAUUUAGUUCGAAUACUUAUUCAAUUUCAUUAACAGAAAAUAAUAUACCGGGCAUGAAAAUACAUUUAUCAAAAGCUGAAGAUAUUGAUUGUCUACUAAAUGGCGUUCACUAUUACGAAUUAACUUAUAUGUUUAACAAUCGUAUUGUAAUAUCAUCAAUAAAUUUACAUGAAACAAAAAAUCAAACAACACAAUUUAAUGAUCAACCAUUUUAUUUAAAUUAUGAUUUAAAUUCAGAUUUAUAUCUUAUUAUUAAUAUUUCAUUGGAUCGAGAAUUACGCGACGAAUAUGUAUUUACAUUAACAGUCAAUGAUUACAAACAUACAACAUCAACAAAAAUAAAUUUAAUUGUUCUCGAUGUUAACGAUCAUAAUCCGAAAUUUCCGCAAUCGAUUUAUUCAUUUAAUAUUUCAAGUUCAGUACCAAUUGGCACAAUAUUACUCAAAUUAACCGCAUACGAUGAAGAUUCCCAUGACAAUGCACGUAUCUAUUAUUCAUUGUUAAGUAUCGAUGGACAUAAAAUUGAAUCUAACGAGAAAAAUGACUUAUUUUAUCUAAAUUCCUAUACAGGAGAGUUAAGUCUAAAGUCAAAAUUGAAUCAAGUUGAUUCGAAAAAUAUAUUUAAACUAAUUAUCGGUGCAUCCGAUGGGACACAUAAUGCCAUACCAGCAUUAGCAACAGUUUAUAUUAAUAUAGUUAAUGAUCUUCAUAACGAUAAUAAAUCAUUAAUACAAAUAACAUUUGGUUCAAAUCGUGUAUCAAAAAAUCAUACGGAAGUUUAUAUAUCAGAAAACUUACCUAAUGCCACAUUUAUUGCAUAUGUUAAAUCCGAUGAAAAUAUUCAAGUCAUUUAUGACGGUGGAUUUUUUAUGCAAAAAUUAGCUGAAAAUUCUUUUACACUAUUAACAAAUCAAAUAUACGAUCGAGAAAAACGUUCAUCUUUUAAGGUUAUUUUACAUAAUAAACAUGUUCAACGUUCAUUUAAAAUUAUUGUAACCGAUGUCAACGAUUGUAAACCAAUGUGGAAUACGGAGGUACUAAAUAUUGAUGUUGAUAAUUAUGUUCAUUCAAAUGACCCGAUUAUUGAACAAUUAAAUGCAAGUGAUUGUGAUGAAAAUUCAAAAGUCGCUUAUAGGAAAAAAAAUAAAUCGUGGCCAUAUUUUGCGUCAUUAUUAUCUAAUCAAUUAAUUAUUAAUUGUUCAGCACAAUUAAAUGAAACAAAUAAUGAUUGUUGGUUUAAGGUAUCGAAUGGAGAAGUUCACUUUGAUGUUGAAGCAUACGAUGUGGAUAACGAAAAUUUUUCAUCAGUUAUGAAAAUUCGUCUCUAUAGAAGGUCAAUGGUAGAUGACGAUGAAUUAAAAACAUAUAUGCCAUCGAGUCGAUAUGAUUUUUUCGAAUUAUUUAAUCAUGAUUAUAUUUUAAGGUCGAUCGCUAUUUUAAUGGGUUUAUUAUUUGUUAUUGCAGCAAUACUUAUUUGUAUCUAUUGUCGAAGAGAAUCUAUUAAAAGGCCAGCAUCUCUAAUCACCGAUGAUCAUAGUACAAAACAGAAAAUUAUUCAAACAUCAUCAUCAGAACAGACAUCAUCAGCUGGAUCCCUUUAUGGAUCUGAAAAAUCAGACAAUAUAACAGUAGAAACAUCGGAUAUGUUUCUUUUCUCUCCAAAACGCGCCGCAUUAAUUCCACAUCCAGCUGAUAAUUUAACAAAUAAAUUAUUUCAUUCAAUACAAACUGAUCUUUCAGUAUUAACAGAAAAGAAUCCACCAAUAAUUACCACAAGAGGAACUUAUGUUUAA